AUGUCCCUCCCCAAGAACCCCCAACAAUGGACCCGACAGCCCUUUCUCAUCUCAACCGAUAAGUCCCUGCUCUCUGUCUCCGCCAUCAACGCUGCAUUUGCUUUAGAGUCACUCUACUGGGCAUACCCUCUUCCCGAAUCCGUCCUUCAAGACAUGAUUGACAACUCUUUUUGUUUUGGCCUUUACAAGACCCCCUCACCAUCACCCGAAACUGCUACUCCAUCCUUCAUCAACAAUGUCCCUGAAAAUGAAAGUGAACGGCCACAGAUGCAACAAAUUGGCUUUGCGCGCCUGAUAACUGACAAUUGCACGAUCGCCUACCUAUCGGACGUCUACAUCCUCCCCGAGUACCAGGGGUUAGGGUUGGGCGGAUGGAUGCUAGACUGUGUGGAUGAGCUGGUCAAACCACUGCCGCAUCUGCGGUGGUUCUUGCUCAGGACGGGCGAGGAACGAAGCUUGAGCGCCUAUCGCGCGCGGUAUGGGAUGGAUGUGCUGGAUAAUGGGGAUAUAAGUCGAGGCGCUCUUUUCAUGGGAAGGAGGGGAGGCGGGAAUAGGGUGUGA